CUGCGCAUCUUCCUCAGGAGGGCGGCACCCUUGGACGUGGCCGGGCCGGGUCGAAGACCUCCGCGCUGCCUGCAGCCUCGGGCCGACCUUCUGGGCUGCACUGCAGCCGGGUCCGGCGGCGCGUCUUUCCAGUCCUCAGAUUGGGGCGGGUAGGGAGAAUGGCUUCGGAGAUGGAGUCGUCGCUCGAGGUCAGCUUGUCGUCCAGCUGUGCGGUGUCGGGAGCCGCCGGGUGUCUGCCUCCCGCCCGCUCCCGCAUCUUCAAGAUCAUCGUGAUCGGCGACUCAAACGUGGGCAAGACGUGCCUGACUUACCGCUUCUGCGCCGGCCGCUUCCCCGACCGCACCGAGGCCACGAUCGGCGUGGAUUUCCGAGAGCGAGCUGUGGACAUCGAUGGCGAGCGCAUCAAGAUCCAGUUGUGGGAUACAGCAGGACAAGAACGGUUCAGAAAGAGCAUGGUCCAGCACUACUACCGAAAUGUGCAUGCUGUGGUCUUUGUAUACGAUAUGACCAACAUGGCCAGCUUCCACAGCCUGCCAGCCUGGAUAGAGGAGUGCAAACAGCAUUUGCUGGCGAAUGACAUCCCACGCAUUCUUGUAGGAAAUAAAUGUGACUUGAGAAACGCCAUCCAGGUACCCACAGACUUGGCACAGAAAUUUGCUGACACACAUAGUAUGCCCUUGUUUGAGACCUCUGCUAAGAAUCCCAAUGACAAUGACCAUGUGGAAGCUAUAUUUAUGACGUUGGCUCAUAAACUGAAGAGCCACAAGCCAUUAAUGCUUAGUCAACCCCCUGAUAACGGAAUUAGCCUGAAACCAGAAGCAAAGCCUGCAGUGACGUGCUGGUGCUAAAUAGCUGUCUGGGUUAGUGAAGUGUCUGAUUUCGUCUAGAUAGACACUGUGCAGGUGUCGCAGUGAUAGGUCUAAGAUUGAGUCUUCAGUGUACUGGAUCAUCCCAAUGCUGUUACCAUUGUCAUGCUGCCUUCUGUAUUUUGUAUCUACUUAAUCAAGUUUGUCACUGUGACAAGACAAGGAAAAGGCCAGUUUGUAACUGGGAUUGAAAAUGAGACAAAGCUAGGAUGACCCAGGCCAUCUUUGCAGUGAGAGCUGAUGAAGGGUCCUCAGGUGGGCAUGAUGGGCCAGAGUCGGAUUGUGUCCAUCCCUAUUCCUAGACUAUAAAAGAAAUACUGAGUCAGCACUACAGGACUUAAUAAGGUGCUUUAUAUUUUACUUUGGUAUCUUUAAGCACUAAAAAAAUUUGAAAUCAUCUAAGGAGUCACAAGGUGGGAGAAUUCAUUUUAACUAUGACUCUUAAUUGAAAAAUCAGUUGUCUUUAGAAAAAUCUUAGAAAAUUCCAAAGGAUAUUACUUGAAAGUCUAAUCUGAUUAGGAUACCUGGGCUCCUGUCCUUAUUGUCUGUUUAAUGACCCAGUGCUGGAUAAGAUUGUAGCUCUGAGGUAUACUUCCAGUUGCUGGCAGCUCUCAUGUAUUUCUAUGUUAGUACUGUCUCAUCAAUUUUUUUAAAUGCUUGAAUUUUGUCAUCACAGCAAACUAUUUUUUGUCAGUAUGAAAAAGAAGUUAAAUACUGAAAAAUAUCUUGUCUAUCCAUCACUGAUGAAAUGAAUAUCAAAAAAACUUUUCCCUAAAUACUUUUAUUUUCAAUUUAAGACUUUGCACAACAAAAAUAGCAUGCUCACACAUGAAGCUAUUUACAGAAAUGGAAUGGAAGCCAUGUACUUCAGCAAAAUGUGCCCAUUUGCUGCCUCUGACAGCUUGUAGUCCUUGGCAAUUUUAGAGGAAAUUAAAUCAAAAGAUGUUUACUUAAGUAUUUUCAGAAUGUGGUAAACAAAUGUAAUCUAAUCUAGUUUCAGAUUCUUUUGCAGGGGGCCGGUUUACAGGGUCUCCCUGUAGUCACAACUGGCCUGGAACUCACUAUGUAGACCAGGCUGGCCUUGAUCUCAUAGAGAUCUACCUGCCUCUGCCUCCUGAGUGCUGUGAUUAAAGGCAUGUACCACCA